AUUCCUACGCAGGAUGGUGAAAUAUAUUACUCUCGAAGGUAAAGGUAUAUACUAAUACUUUUGGCUAUUAGUAUUACUGGUGUUGGUGGUUGGAAAAGUUAUUUCUUUACUUCCAUUUAACUCUGUACGUUAGAGAAAGAGACAAGAAAAGAAGAGUACCAUGCCUGGGUUAGGGAAUAUCGAUACCAAAAAUAAUGCGUAUGGAACAUCUGAACCUGUCAUUUCACCAGGAAAGUUAGUAAGAGUUGGGAGUAGACUUUUUAGCGUUAUUCAUGGUGAUCUAAGUAAUCUAAGGCCAAAGGUCAAAGAAUAUGUUGAACAGAAAGCCAGAUUGUGUAAACCAGAAAAUAUCCACAUCUGUGAUGGUAGUGAGGCAGAAAAUAAUUACUUGCUGGAUUUGAUGAAGAGACAAGGGAUGAUUACACCACUUAGAAAAUAUGAAAACAAUUGGUUAGCUCGUACAGAUCCUUCUGAUGUGGCUAGAGUUGAAAGUCGCACAUAUAUCUGUACACCAAACAAAAAUGACACUAUUCCCACACCAAAAGAAGGAGUGAAAGGAAAGUUAGGAAACUGGAUUUCACCAGAAGACCUGGAGAAAGCAUUUAGUGAGAGAUACCCAGGUUGUAUGCAGGGAAGAACAAUGUAUGUGAUCCCAUACAGUAUGGGUCCAAUUGGUUCUCCUGUUUCUAAAGUGGGAAUUGAAUUAACAGACUCACCAUAUGUUGUUUGUUGUAUGCGUAUCAUGACCCGUAUUGGAUCAGCAGUACUGAAAGCCUUGGGAGAUGGUGAUUUUGUCAAGUGUCUUCAUUCUGUAGGACAGCCAUUACCCAUGGAAACACCUAUUAACAAUUGGCCUUGCAAUCCUGCCAAGACGAUUAUUUCUCAUAUACCUGAAAAUAAUGAAAUUUGUUCCUUUGGAAGUGGCUACGGUGGUAAUUCACUACUAGGGAAAAAGUGCUUUGCAUUGAGGAUUGGGUCUUUUCUAGGAAAACGUGAAGGAUGGUUUGCUGAACAUAUGCUGAUUGUAGGUAUAACUAACCCCCAAGGAGUGAAAAAGUAUAUAGUUGCAGCAUUUCCGAGUGCUUGUGGGAAGACUAACCUGGCCAUGUUGACUCCAACUCUACCUGGGUAUAAGGUAGAAUGUGUUGGAGAUGACAUUGCAUGGAUGUGGUUUGACAAAGAAGGCCAGUUAAGAGCUAUUAACCCCGAAUAUGGAUUUUUUGGUGUUGCUCCUGGAACUUCACAUAAGACAAAUUCUAAUGCAAUGUACUCAAUGCAAAAGAAUACAAUAUUCACCAAUGUGGCAGAGAUGAGUGAUGGAGGAUUUUACUGGGAAGGACUUGAGAAUGAAGUACCUAAAGGUCUUCGUAUCAAAUCUUGGUUGAAUGAUGAAAAUUGGACCCCAGAAAGUGGUAAACCAGCUGCACACCCAAAUUCUAGGUUUUGUGCCCCAGCUAAGCAAUGCCCCAUAAUGGAUCCAUAUUGGGAAGACCCAAAGGGUGUGCCAAUCUCUGCUAUCAUCUUUGGUGGGAGGAGACCUGAGGGUGUGCCACUCAUCUAUGAGUCUUUCAGUUGGACUCAUGGUGUAUUUGUGGGUGCAUCCAUGCGAUCAGAAGCUACAGCUGCUGCUGAAUAUAAAGGUAAAUUAAUAAUGCAUGACCCCUUUGCCAUGCGCCCUUUUUUUGGAUACAACUUUGGCCAAUAUCUCCAGCACUGGCUAAGUUUUGGCAAAAACCCAGCAUUAAAACACCCCAAAAUCUAUCAUGUAAAUUGGUUCCGUAAGAAUGCUGAAGGUAAAUUCAUAUGGCCAGGAUUCGGAGAAAACUGCAGAGUGCUUGAUUGGAUUUGUCGUCGUGCUGACGGUGAGCCUAGUGUAGUGGAAACUCCUAUUGGUUAUAUCCCCAAAGAAGACGCCAUUGACCUUCAAGGACUUCCACCAAUCGAUAUGAAGGAACUUCUAUAUGUGCCCAAAGAUUUUUGGAAGAAUGAAGUAAAAGAAAUACAUAAUUAUUUUGAAGAACAGUUGCCUAAUGAUCUUCCAGCCGAAAUUCAAGCUGAGCUGAAUAAGCUUGAAGAACGGCUUAACUUGCAGUAAGUCAGUUGGUCGAGAGUAAGUAGAUGUUUAAAAUGCCAUCAUGUUUAACAAAUGUAAUAUUUUGAUUACAUGUUGUUCAAAAAGGACCAAACAGUUUUUUAAUGUGUGUUGUGCUUAGAAAUAUUGUAGUACUGUUUGUAUUUGAAGAUAUUUUUACAGUAAUAUUUAGAUAUUUUUUAUUUUGUAUUGUUGACACGGGGACCAAGUUUUUAAUGAUGCAUUACAUAAUUGGUCAUGCAACACUUUUUAUAGUGAAGAGAAUGAUUUUUAUUAAAUACUUUGAAUUGUUCAAGAGUGUCAGAGUUAUGAAGAAGUAGUUAACAUAUUGUCACUUAUUUUUUCUUGCCUAAAUGUUAUUUUUCUAGUUUUUUAAUUGAGUGUCAUGUAGUUAGAAAUGAGUUAAAGAAGUCGUAUCUCCUUACAUUGACCAAUCUAGAUUAAGAAGUUUUAGAAAACUGUUCUGAAAUUAGAAAUGAGUUAAAGAAGUUGUAUCUCUGUACAAUGACCAAUCUAGAUUAAAAGUUUUAUAAAAAAUGUCCUGUAGUUAGAAAUGAGUUAAAGAAGUCAUAUCUCCUUAUGAUGACCAAUCUAGUGAACUAAAUGUUUGUUGGAAUGGUGUAAAACUUUUAGAUGAUAAAACUUGUAGUGACAUGAAGUUAUUUUCAGUAAUUUGUUGAAGUGUUAUGUUUUAUGUAAGUUAUACAAAUCAAGAUCAUUAGAUUAAAAAUUAUACAAAAUAUAACAUUCUUCUUUAUUCAGAAAUAAUGUUUUUAUUUCUCUUUGUAAAAUUUUAUUCUCAAUAUUAGGGUAAAACUGUUAUAAGAAAGAACAUGAUUUUACUUGUUUAAUGUAUGUAAUUUUCUAUGACUCCAUCAAUAAAAUCCAAGAUCAAAGUUGAUUAGUUUAUGAAAUAUGUAGCAUCAUGUCUGGUAUUAGAAAUAAAAAUUAGAUGUGCCAGA